UGCAGGAUGGCCGUGCCCUGGAUUUCGUCCUGAGACGGCAGAGGCGACUGCGGGGACUAAGGCGGGCUGCGGCGGCGGCGGCGGCGACCGCAGUGUGGCGUCGCGGGCACCCGACCUCUAGUUCCCGGCGGCGAGGCGAGCGCCGGCUCCCCGAGCCGCGGGAGAUGCGUGUGUCCCGGGCUCGCGGGGGCUCCGGGAGUCCAUGCUGCGCGCCACGCUGCUGGCCGCCGCGCUAAUCGCCUCCCGCCGCCGCAGCGAGCCUCCCGGGUCCCCUUCCUGCCCCCGGCGGCGGCGGCGAUGACCGGGGAGAAGAUCCGCUCGCUGCGCAGGGACCACAAGCCCAGCAAAGAGGAGGGGGACCUGCUAGAGCCCGGCGACGACGAGGCGGCGGCGGCCCUCGGCGGCGCCUUCACCGGGGGCCGGUUGGCCGCCGGCGGCAAGGGCGGCAAAGCCUACCACCGCAUCUUCAGCAACCACCACCGGCUGCCGCUGAAGGCGGCCCCGGGCCCCGCCGGUGCCCCCGCCGCCCCCCAGUCCCCGGCCCUCCUCGCCGGCACCGGCCCCCUCGCCGUCGUCGCGGACGGAGGCAGCUGCCCCGCGCACUACCCGGUGCACGAGUGCGUCUUCAAGGGGGAUGUGCGGAGACUGUCCUCCCUCAUCCGCACGCACAACAUCGGGCAGAAAGAUAAUCACGGAAACACUCCUUUACAUCUUGCUGUGAUGUUAGGAAAUAAAGAAUGUGCCCACUUGCUUCUGGCUCACAAUGCUCCAGUAAAGGUGAAAAACGCUCAGGGAUGGAGCCCUCUGGCGGAAGCCAUCAGCUACGGAGACAGACAGAUGAUUACGGCUCUUUUAAGGAAGCUUAAGCAGCAAUCCAGGGAAAGUGUUGAAGAAAAACGACCUCGAUUAUUAAAAGCCCUCAAAGAGCUAGGUGAUUUUUAUCUGGAACUUCACUGGGAUUUUCAAAGCUGGGUGCCUUUACUUUCCCGAAUUCUGCCUUCUGAUGCAUGUAAAAUAUACAAACAAGGUAUCAAUAUCAGGCUCAACACGACUCUCAUAGACUUUACUGACAUGAAGUGCCAACGAGGGGAUUUAAGCUUCAUUUUCAAUGGGGAUGCGGCACCCUCUGAAUCUUUUGUAGUAUUAGACAAUGAACAGAAAGUUUAUCAGCGAAUACACCAUGAGGAGUCAGAGAUGGAAACAGAAGAAGAGGUUGACAUUUUAAUGAGCAGCGAUAUUUACUCUGCAACUUUAUCAACCAAAUCCAUUUCUUUCACGCGUGCCCAAACUGGAUGGCUUUUUCGCGAAGAUAAAACAGAAAGAGUAGGAAACUUUUUGGCAGACUUUUACCUGGUGAAUGGACUUGUUUUAGAGUCCAGGAAAAGAAGAGAACAUCUCAGUGAAGAAGACAUUCUUCGAAAUAAGGCCAUGAUGGAGAGUUUGAGCAAAGGCGGAAACAUAAUGGAGCAGAAUUUUGAGCCGGUCCGAAGACAGUCUCUUCCUGCCCCGCCGCAAAACACCAUCACGUGGGAAGAGUACAUAUCUGCUGAGAACGGAAAAGCUCCUCAUCUGGGUCGAGAACUGGUGUGCAAAGAGAGUAAGAAAACCUUCAAAGCCACCAUAGCCAUGAGCCAGGAGUUCCCCCUGGGGAUCGAGUCAUUGUUGAAUGUUUUAGAAGUAAUAGCUCCCUUCAAGCACUUUAACAAGCUUAGAGAAUUUGUUCAGAUGAAGCUUCCUCCAGGCUUUCCUGUAAAACUAGAUGAAAUGUAAGAGACCUGAAGAUGCUUCUUACAGGAAGGGCUGGCUGAGCUCAAUGUGGUGCAGUAGUGCUGUUCACGAGAAGUUAGAGGGGACUCUUAGGGGGUCUCCACAGUGGUAAUGUCUCCGGACACAGUGCUCGCUAGUAAUGGAUGGAGUGAUGGUCGCGCAUUUUAUUUUUCAGUCUUAACGUUUACACUUAAUUUCAUUGAUCUUUAGAAACAGUAAACUUGCCUUGUUGACAUUCUGUAUCUUUCUGACAUACCAGAAAACUGGGAACAAGAGGUAAAUAAAAGGUAUUUUGGGCCUUUAGGCUUAAGUUUAGCAUUAAUGCGAGUGGCAGGACAGCUGUGAUGCCGCCCAUCAACCCUACCAGCCCGUCCGUGUGUGAUGGGUGCCUGGUACGUGCCAGUCCCCAGUCCAGGGAAGGGGAGCCAGCGUCCUCGUCUGCAUCCACCUUCAGUGGGAAAUGGGAACGGGGAAAGAGAAACACAACCCGUAUGCAAUUCUUGGCAUGUAUUUUAUCUUGUUUCAUUCCGCAUUAAACACACAUGUACACGCGUCGCAUAAGAGGCACAAUGCUGUGCUCCCAAAUAAUGUUUUCAUUAAACCUACCCUCCUCACAUUUCUAGAAUUGGACAUAAACUUUUUUGUGAGUUAAAAUCAGUUUUAAAAUGACUUUGAAAAUGUCACGCUGAUUGCCCUUUGCAUUGAAAAGCCCUGGGAACACAGUGUCAGUUUGGAGGAACUGAUCUUGGAUCUUAGGCAGAGACAGCUUGAAAAGCAGCCCAGAGCUGAGUUCGGGCCAUGGAUAGGGUCCCUGUCCUAGCCUCUCCACAGCAGCCUGCGGCCCCAGGUCGUGUUUCCUGGCUGUUGGACUACCGUUUUCGCUAGGGUAGAGAACAGGUCAAACGGAUGAGAGUUCAAGCUGUUCCUGCCUUCAGGUCUAAUGCUAAGUUCCAAACCUAAAUCAAACUGCACAGUACCACAGGGCUUUGCACAAGAACUGUUUUGAUUAUAGGAAGGAACAAACUCUGCAGUCCCUUUUUGCAGGCAUUUCUAUGAUGGAGAACUGCAGUCUUCCUAGGGAUGCUUCUGCUUGUGUACAGAAGUUAGGACAAUUCGUAAAACUCCGUUCCUGGGUUGGUUUACCUUUUCUGGUUUUAAAUUCAGAAAGGCGGGGAGAAAAUGAAUAAAAAUGUGGAAAUUUUUCCGCAUUUCUUGUUUUCCGCAUCAGCCAGAGCUGCUGGUGACUGAUUAGAGUUGCUUUCUCCCAUUCCGCAGAGGGCUCGGCUCCAGCCUUCCCGCGGCGCUCUAUCCGCACCCCCCCGCCCCCCCCCGCCCCGGUGAGGUCCGAGCGGGGGUGAGUUUUAUUCCCCUGUGUGGGAAAGGAGCCCUCCGUCACCGUGAGCCCCAGGCCCUGGGCCACACUGCCCCCCAAACCCGUCCUCCUUCCUCCGCCCGAGGUCGGUCACACUGUGGACCUCUUCUCCCAGUUCUGCGUAAGGCUGCUCGGCCGCUCACCCGCCAUUUCUCCUUUGCUGCCCACUUCGCUCUCAUCUUUUCCCUCCUAUUUGUUAGGCCUUUUAGGUCUUUGACCUUUUAAAGUUCAGCCAACCAGCUAAUAAUAAUUUCAUUUAACUCUGCCCAGCUUUAAUGUUUGCUGUUUAUAGCUAUGCUGUUUGGAAAUCUGUCUCUGUUUUUACUGCUGCUUUACAAUUAUAUAAUAAAGGAGAAGUAAAGACAUAAAGGGUUGCAUGUUUUUCUAUUUCACUUGAUUUUUAAAUUUUUAUUUUAAUUUUGUUUUAUCUGUUUUGAAACAAGGCUGCGUUACGCAGUCCAAGCCAGGCGUGAACUCACUCGGUAGCCCAGGCUAAUCUCAAACUCACGGCAGUGCUCCUGCCUCGGGCUCCCGAGUGCUGGGACUACAAGUGUGUGCCACCAUGCCUGGUCACUUUAGGGUUUUGGGACAAGGUCUCACCUAGUUCAGGCUGGCCUGGACCCAUGGCAGUCUUCCUGCCUCAGCCUCCUGGGUGCUGGGAUUACCACACCUGGCUUUCUGUUCCACUUGAAACUGCUGAAAUGUUGGGCACCAGGAUGCUGCUCAGUCAGAUAGAGGCAAUGUGUAACCAGAGCACCCACUCCAGAUGCUGAACAAAAAAAGUGUGUUGGAAAAUGCUGUAGGUAAUUGACAGUGAAAUUCUAAUAGCUGGGUAAUCUCAGGAAAGCAGGAAAAAGAAAACAACUGAAGGGCUGGGGAUGUAGCUCAGUGGUUCCGGGGCCUGCAUCACAAGCGCAAGGUCCUGAGCUUGAUCCCCAGUACCAAAAAAAAAAAAAAAGAAAAAAAACAACUGAAGAACAGAAGACAAAAAAUAAAAUGGUCUAGUGACAUGUGCUUUUAAUUCCAGUUUCUCAGGAGGCUGAGACAGGAAGAGCGGAGAGGAUUGCUUAAACCCAGAAAUUCAAUGCCAACUGUGGCAACAUAGUGCACCCUAUCUUUUAAAAAGAAAAAAUUGUGAAAUGUGAUCGAGUAUAUGUUAUCUCUGAGACACUCAUUUCAGAUACAACGACAAGGCAGGUUAGGAGAGCAGAUAUGGAGACAGAUGCAUGGAGCGCAGCCAGUUAUACAAGCAAGGGGAAAUAGCUCUGCUCAGAUUGGAUUAGGGAGAUCCCCGAGCCCAGGGAGGGCACACCCACACAUGGGGUGCUGAUAUGACAUGGUUCAGCAACUUGGGGAAAUGUUUUGUGAGUUUCUUAAAAACUAUUUUGGUUUUUGAGACAGGGUUUUGCUGUGUAGUUUAGGCUGGCCUUGAACUUUCUGACAUGAUUCUCCUGCCUCAGCCUUCUAAGUGCUGGGAUUGCAGACGUGUGUCACCAUGCACAGCUUAAACAUGCAGCUAAUUUUGUGUGAUCAAGCAGUCAGACAGAUGAAGGCUAUGCUCACAUACAUUCUUGAACACAAAUGUUCAUUUCCCGAUAGCUGUGUUUCUAAGAGACAGAGCCUAGAGUUCUCGCCACGUGACUGUCCCAUGGCACAUCCAUUGCAUGGGACACCAUUCAGAAAGAGAAGGCACCGUUAGUACUUGAGUUAAGCUGAUCGGAUCACACAGAAUAGCAAACCGAAGCCAGACUCAAAGGUUGCAUGCUGAUGUUCCACUUGGGAACAGACAACAGAAACUGAGAGCUUAUAGGAGUGGAGGAAGGUUGAUCCCUGAGGAAGUGUAUAUGGCUGUAAAAGGGCAGCGUGGUGGGUCUGAUAGACAGUAGACACGUAAGGAUGGGGCGUUCUCUGGCUCCUCUGUACAGCAGUGUCCUGACUGCUAAUGUAGAUAUAAAAUGUUGAAAUUUGGAGAAAAGGUACGGGGAGUCUUCUGUAUCAUUUCUUACCAUUGCACACAAAACUGUAAUUUUCUGAAAA